AUGGAGAGUGGAGCAGGAAAGCACUGGACUAAGGAGGAGGUUAAAGCUUUGCUAAGUGUCUGGGCAGAAAAAAAUAUACGAAAACAACUUUAUGGAACACUAAGAAAUAAAGGAAUAUUUAUUUACAUUGCUAAAAGGCUGCAAUCAUUAGGAGUAUACAGAGAUUGGAAACAGUGCCGGGCUAAGUACAAAAAUCUCAAAUAUGAAUAUAGAACAGUUAAAUAUGCCCAUAAAUCUGGAGACAGCUCUAAAACUAUGAAGUUCUUCCAUGAUUUGGAUGCAAUCCUGCAAUAUGAACCUACCACACAAUUUACAGAGGAAGAUGCAAAUGGCAGGUGCCUGGAAACGCUCAGCCCAAGUACAGCCCCAGAGACCACUGAAGGUAUCUCUAUGAAAAUAUUGGAACCCUCUAAUACAACUUUUAUCCCAACUGUAGCAAAUGAAGGAGGAAAGCACUGGACUGUGCCAGAAGUCAGGGCUCUAAUAGACAUCUGGUCUGAUAAAAGCAUACAACGACAACUAGAGGGAACAGUGAGAAAUAAAAGGAUAUUUGAACAAAUUGCUGCCAAGCUUCAGAAAUUUGGAAUAGAGAGAGACUGGAAGCAAUGCAGAACAAAGUACAAAAACCUAAAACAUGAAUACAAGAUCGUAAGAACAGCACAAGACCUAGGCAUGACUAAGAGUAUGAAAUUUUUCACUGAGUUGGAUGCCAUUCUGGGACACAAUAAAACAGAAAAAUCACGAGACCAGGAAUCCCAAGAUGGAGAACCUGUCACAGAAUGUGCCAACGUAAAAAUGGGAGAGGACCAGACAGCCAUUGCUGGAGAUGUAGCUGAAGGUGAUUCGGUCAGUAAUAAGUCAGAAGACAGAGGAGAUACAGAUACAAAACAAAGUCCUGACACAGAAUUAUUUGAAGGUCAUAACAAAAGCCAAGGAACUUUGAGCUUCAAGAGAAAAGUGCAUGAAGAUGAAACAGUGUCCCUAUCUCUUAAGAAAAGUGCUCCUGAGAUCAUUACAAAUCAGUUUCCUCAAAGCAUAAUAACAGAACCAAAAGAUUCUACUGAACGUUUCUGCAGACAGGAAACCCAACUUCAUCAGAGUUCUGCCUCGCUUCCCGGCGCGGUCGCAGCCCUCAGCCCACUCAGGAUAAUGGCGACAGCUGAGGUACUGAACAUUGGUAAAAAAUUGUAUGAGGGUAAAACAAAGGAAGUCUACGAAUUGUUAGAUAGUCCAGGAAAAGUCCUCCUGCAGUCCAAGGACCAGAUUACAGCAGGAAAUGCAGCUAGGAAGAAUCACCUGGAAGGAAAAGCUGCAAUCUCAAAUAAAAUCACCAGCUGUAUUUUUCAGUUGUUGCAGGAAGCAGGUAUUAAAACUGCCUUCACCAGAAAAUGUGGGGAGACAGCUUUCAUUGCACCCCAGUGUGAAAUGAUUCCAAUUGAAUGGGUUUGCAGAAGAAUAGCAACUGGUUCUUUUCUCAAAAGAAAUCCUGGUGUCAAGGAAGGAUAUAAGUUUUACCCACCUAAAGUGGAGUUGUUUUUCAAGGAUGAUGCCAAUAAUGACCCACAGUGGUCUGAGGAACAGCUGAUUGCUGCAAAAUUUUGCUUUGCUGGACUUGUUAUAGGCCAAACUGAAGUGGAUAUCAUGAGUCAUGCUACACAGGCUAUUUUUGAAAUACUGGAGAAAUCCUGGUUGCCCCAGAAUUGCACUCUGGUUGAUAUGAAGAUUGAAUUUGGUGUUGAUGUAACCACCAAAGAAAUUGUUCUUGCUGAUGUUAUCGAUAAUGAUUCCUGGAGACUCUGGCCAUCAGGAGAUCGAAGCCAACAGAAAGACAAACAGUCUUAUCGGGACCUCAAAGAAGUAACUCCUGAAGGGCUCCAAUUGGUAAAGAAAAACUUUGAGUGGGUUGCAGAGAGAGUAGAGUUGCUUUUGAAAUCAGAAAGUCAGUGCAGGGUUGUAGUGUUGAUGGGCUCUACUUCUGAUCUUGGUCACUGUGAAAAAAUCAAGAAGGCCUGUGGAAAUUUUGGCAUUCCAUGUGAACUUCGAGUAACAUCUGCACAUAAAGGACCAGAUGAAACCCUGAGGAUUAAAGCUCAGUAUGAAGGGGAUGGCAUUCCAACUGUUUUUGUGGCAGUGGCAGGCAGAAGUAAUGGUUUGGGACCAGUGGUGUCUGGGAACACUGCAUAUCCAGUUAUCAGCUGUCCUCCCCUCACACCAGACUGGGGAGCUCAGGAUGUGUGGUCUUCUCUUCGACUACCCAGUGGUCUUGGCUGUUCAACCAUACUUUCUCCAGAAGGAUCAGCUCAGUUUGCUGCUCAGAUAUUUGGAUUAAACAACCAUUUGGUAUGGGGCAAACUGCGAGCAAGCAUUUUGAACACAUGGAUUUCCUUGAAGCAGGCUGAUAAGAAAAUCAGAGAGUGUAAUUUAUAAGAAAGAAUGUCAUUGAAUUUUUUAGGGGGAAAACUACAAAUUUCUAAUUUAGCUGAAGGAAAAUCAAGCAAGAUGAAAGGUGAUUUUAAAUUAGAGAAUACAAACAAAAUGUAUUAGUGAAUAAA